CUCUCUCCCCAUACCAUUUUCUGUUAUAUAUCACCAACCUGACCUCUCUCUCCGUAUUGUCCACUCUUGUUUUACUCUCUCUUUUCUCUCUCCAUUUUCUUCUUCAUCCUCUACCUCUCUGAAAUCGCUUUUUCUCUUCGCUUAUAUCGACGACCAUGUUUGAAGAAAACUAUAUGGGUUUCGAUGGAGCUUUUAGCAGAGGACGAGCUUCGGAUCGUCGCCUUCCUCCUCCUCGUGACUUUGGUGGGUUUCAACAGAGUCCCGACACAAACCCAUUUCUCAAGAGUUACGACAAGGUGGACACGAAGAGCGAUGAUGAUGUGAUGGGUUUGUGUAAAAAGCUCAACGGAAUGGGUAUCUCUUGCGACAUGAGUAUUUGGAGCAGACCCGGAUCGAUACGGGUCGACCCGGCUGAUUUUGGGUCUCGAAGAACUCUCCCUGAGUUUCCGGAUGGAGGAGCUUCACGGUUUCGUGGCGAUUACUCUCCUCCCCAAGCUUUUCUGCGAAACACCACCUCCUCUCAUGGAGUCUCUCCGGCAGAUCUUAGUUUCCUUGGCCUUCAAGACUCCUUUUACCCUAACGGACUGAGAGAGAUGAUGGCUCUUAAGAACCAAAGAGACGCUCUCUUGGAACAUAUGAACCGACCCAUCAAGCGUUCAUCUCCUUGUCUUGGAAACGAUGCGUUUCAUAGUUCGUUGAUGUUUGAGAGAAAUAGGGUUUCUCCGCAUGAUAGUCUCAGAGCCGUCUCUCUUGGAGGAGGAAGAAACAGGGCUUCUCUGUUACGCCAAGGCUCAUAUGGGAAGAUGAGAAGUGAUUUGCCUCUGGAUCUUGCCUCCAUGGUUAACAUCUACGGAUCUGUCAACUUGAUGGGCAAAGAUCAGAUCGGUUGUCGUUUUCUCCAGAAGCUGGUCGAUGAAGGACUGUUUGUUGACGCUCUAUUCCUCGAAAUCAUCAGCCACGUGGUUGAACUUUCCAUGGAUCCCUUCGGGAAUUACUUGGUUCAGAAGCUCUUAGACGCCUGCGAUGAGGAACAGAGAACGAUGAUGGUGAGUGUUUUGACCUCAAGACCAACGGAGCUUCUCAAAAUCUGUCUCAACAAUUAUGGGACACGGGUUGUUCAGAAGAUGAUCGAAACUGUGAAAACAAAACAGCAGAUUGGGAUGGUGAAGUCAGGUCUCAAACCAGGGUUUCUCUCCCUUGUUAAAGAUUUAAAUGGGAACCAUGUGAUUCAAACUUGCUUGACUACUCUAGGUCCUAGCGACACCAAGUUUGUUUUGGAAGCUGCUACCAAGUACUGCGCUGAGAUAGCAACUCAUCGCCACGGAUGCUGUGUGCUUCAAUGCUGCGUCUCAAACUCUGUUGGAGAGCAACGUGAGAGGCUCGUCAAUGAGAUAUCCAGGAACUCACUUCACCUUUCUCAGGAUCCUUUUGGGAACUAUGUAGUGCAGUAUCUAAUAGAGCAAAAAGUAUCUGCAUCGAAGUUACUGAUUCAGUUUAGAAUGCAUUACGCGGAGCUAGCGACUCAGAAAUUCAGUAGCCAUGUGAUGGAGAAAUGCCUUAGGAUAUAUCCAGAGGCUAGAGCUGAGAUUGUCCGUGAGCUUCUCUCUGUUCCAAACUUUGAACAUCUCCUGCAUGACCCUUUUGGAAACUACGUUAUUCAAACUGCUCUCUCAGUAACCAAGGGUCCUGUUCGUGCGAGCUUGGUGGAGAAAGUGCAUAGGUAUGGGAAACUGAAGUUUAGUCCUUAUUGCAAGAAGAUAUUCUCCAAGACCAUCUUGAAGAGCUGAUCAGCAAGGAUGUUGUUGUUUUUGUGUGUUUGAGAUCGGAUUAGGCCUUUUGAAAAGACACUACUUCCCCUUUUGCUUUUGAAGAAGUGACUCUGCUGAUUAAGUAGUAACAAAAAAUGUUGUUGUUUUGUGUUUCAAGAUCGGAUUAGGCCUUUAA